UCCCUUGGGCUCUGCAUAUCUCUCUUCCUUUUUUUAUAUUGCAGCUACUUGGCUUGAUUGUUUUCUUUGCUAUCUGUUUGACUCCAACACCACAAUGUCUCUCCAGACCGUCUUCCAAAGCUCCAAAGGGAGCAGAAGGGGCUACAGCUCAUGUUCUGCUAUUGGUGGUGGUGGAGGAGGAAGUAGACGUACCUAUUCAUGCAGGGGAUUUGGAGGCGGCGGUGGCAUGAGAGGCCAGUAUGGCAGCAGGAGCCUCCAUAACUACGGUGGAGGCACGAGGAUUUCCUAUGGACGAGGCUAUGGAGGAGGCGUCUGUGGAGGCUAUGGUGGCGGCUAUGGUGGUGGAAUUGGUAGUGGUUAUGGUGGAGGCUAUGGUGGAGGCUAUGGUGGUGGAAUCGGUGGUGGAAUAGGUGGUGGCGGAAUGGGUGGCUUUGGAGGUGGAGGAAUGGGUGGUGGUUUCGGACCUGGAGGAAUAGGUGGUGGGUUUGGUCCUGGAAUGGGUGGUGGCUUUGGACCUGGAGGAAUUGGUGGUGGUUCUGGAGGCAUUGGCAGUGUCCAAAUAGAUCCAAAUCUUCUACGACCAGUCCGUGUAGAGAUUGACCCCCAGAUCCAGCAAAUAAAAACUCAAGAGAAAGAGCAGAUCAAGGUCCUCAAUAACCAAUUUGUCACUUUCAUUGACAAGGUACGGUUCCUUGAGCAGCAAAAUAAGGUUCUGCAAACCAAAUGGCAGAUCUUACAGCAACAGACUCAAGGUCAAGGCCCAAGGCAGAACCUGGAUGGAGAAUUUCAGCGUUUCAUUAAUAGCCUGAGGAACCAAAUUGAACAAACCCGUGGCCAGAAGCAACAGCUGGUGUCUGAACUUCAGAGCAUGCAGCAAUAUGUGGAAGACUUCAAGAACAAGUACGAAGAAGAAAUCAACAGACGCACAACAGCUGAGAAUGAAUUUGUGGUGCUGAAGAAGGAUGUGGAUAGUGCCUACAUGGGGAAGGUUGACUUGGAAGCUAAAGUUGGUGCAUUAGUUGAAAAGCUCAACUUCCUGAGAAGAAUAUUUGAAGUAGAAAUAUCUCAGUACCAAGUAGGUGGGCAAGAUACCUCGGUGGUUGUGAGCAUGGAUAACAACACUCAUUUUGACUUAGAAAGUAUCAUAGAUGAAGUAAGAGCUCAAUAUGAAGAGAUUGCUCGCACCAGCCGAGCAGAAGCUGAGAGCUGGUAUCGCACCCAAUAUGAAGCUCUGCAGAACACAGCAGGAAGACAUGGGGAUAAUUUGCAGAACACCAGACAAGAGAUUCAAGAGCUGACCAGGACCAUCCAGAGGCUGCGUUCUGAAAUUGAGCAUGUCAAGAAACAGAUUGCUCAGUUGCAGUCAGCAAUUGCUGAAUCUGAGGAGCGUGGUGAGAUGGCCCUCCGGGAUGCUAAGCAGAAACUGGAUGAAUUGGAGAAUGCUCUUGUCAAGGACAAGGCAGAACUGGCUCGCAUCUUGAAAGAGUACCAAGAUCUGCUGAAUAUCAAGCUUGCUCUGGACAUGGAGAUUGCCAUGUACAGAAAACUGUUGGAAGGAGAAGAGAGCAGGUUAACUGGCCUAGGAUCCCAAGUCCAUGUCUCGGUGAGAAGCAGUGGUUAUGGUGGAGGAAUGAGCAGCGGUGGAUUUGGCGGACUUGGAGGCGGAAUGGGUGGCGGCGGCCUUGGAAUGGGCGGAGGUGGAAUGAGCGGCGGAGGUCUCGGCAUGGGCAGUGGCAGUGUCUGUGGCGGAGGAGUGGGUAGCAGCAUUGGAGGUGGAGGAAUGGGCGGUGGCAUGUCUGGUGGCUAUGGAGGUGGAAGCGGAGGCUACGGUGGAAUUAUCAGCAGCGGAGGCUCAGGCAGCUGUAGCUAUGGAGGAGGUGGUGGAUACUCACACGGUUCCGGAAGCGGUUCCAGCACAAUCAUCAGGAGAACCACCACGUCCAGCUCAUCCAUCAAAGGUGGAAGGAAUUAAACACCCCUACGAGUCCAAAAGGAAAGCUUCUAGUGACAACAGCACAUAACCUUCAAUCCCAACCUGAUAAUCCAGAAAAGAAACAAACUGUGUCCUUUAAAGCACUAGAUCUCUAUUUUCUCUCCAAAAUCAACCUGCAAGAAGGCACCACUGUGGUAGUCAUCUUCCAUCAUGCUACUAUCACCUGUGGCUUGGAUGACCAGUGGUAGAACAGAUCAGAAGAGAACGCUAAUGAAAUGUGCUAGUGGUGUUGUAUUUUUAUGAUACCAAUGAACAGAAAGUUUCUUGAAAGAGGAAGGGGAGUUCUGUUGAGCAUGAAUCUGGGCAGUGUUUCUUUCAGUAUGCUGUAUAUUUUUUGGCUUUGUUUUGGUGGCUGUCAAAUGGCAAUGUGUAUGACCAUGACCUUUUCUUCUUUCCCUUGAUGCUUCUUUUUCCAAUGGAUUGUUCUCUUCAGGUGUUGUAGUUCCCUACUUCUCAGAAGAAAUCAUUCACUUUCACUGUACACGUAUAUGUUUAUGUUGGAAAAGUUAAUACUUUAUGGCUGACAUUGACAAAUGGCCUUAUCUACCUAGAGUUAUACAGUAAGAUUAACUAUUUUUCUUAAUUAUAGCCCUGUUUUACUCUGCACUCAGUGGUAGAGUUAACUUCAUGGUCCUGUAGAACACUGUGUAACCAUCCACUAAUUAGAUUUGAUCAUUUGAGACCCUGAGUCAUCAGAGAAAGAGUACUGUGAAAAUGUUCAACCUUGUGCCACUUUUGUGGAUUACAUGCACCUAUCUUUAUCUUUCAUGGUUUGUUUCCCAUUUCCUUGGGAGGUGACAAUUCUUAAUAAACUG